AAAGCUUGCAAUAUACGUUAUUGUUUCCUGUCUUGCAGCCUCUACAUCUUGACUGUGACCUCUGUGCCAUUGUUUCAAACUCGGGACAGAUGGCUGGCCAGAGGGUGGGCACUGAGAUAGACAAGUCCUCCUGCAUAUGGAGGAUGAACAAUGCUCCCACCAAGGGCUAUGAGGAAGAUGUUGGGAAGAGGACAACCAUAAGAGUGGUCUCUCACACAAGUGUGCCUCUCCUGCUCAAGAAUCCCGAGUACUUUUUCAAAGAAACCAACAACACCGUUUAUGUGAUCUGGGGUCCUUUCCGAAACAUGAGGAGGGAUGGGAAUGGCAUUGUGUACAACAUGCUGAAGAAAACUGUUGACAGCUACCCAGCUGCCAAAAUCUACGUGACCACGGAGAAGCGCAUGAGUUACUGCGAUGCCGUGUUUAAGAAGGAGACGGGAAAAGACCGAGUCCAGUCAGGUUCAUAUCUCAGCACGGGUUGGUUUACCUUAAUUUUGGCUAUGGAUGCCUGCUAUGGAAUUCAUGUCUAUGGGAUGAUAAAUGACACCUACUGCAAGUCAGAAGGCUUUCGCAAAGUUCCCUACCACUAUUACGAGCCAGGAAGAGAUGAGUGUGAGGAAUACUUUCUCCAUGAAAAUGCUCCAUAUGGAGGCCACAGAUUUAUCACAGAAAAGAAAGUAUUUGCUAAGUGGGCCAAGAAGCACACAAUAAUAUUUACACAUCCCAACUGGACAGUGUCUUGAUACUGGUUUACUUAACUCUCCCUUAACAGCCUAUUACAAAAAUGUCUCAGUUUACAAUCGUUUUGCUUACAUCUGGCUGGCCUUUCUCAGCCUAGGUAACACUAAACUAAAAGCCAGAAGACAAAGAGGGUGGUGGUUCAGCUGUUAAGCAAAAUUAAUCAUCUGUGGAAGGCAGACACAUUGUUUGUUAUUUCUUAGGGUUUUAAUCCACACUAUGCACUUUAUACUUUAACUGGAUUUUACUUCAUGGCAGGAACAGUUAAAGACAGAUGAGAUUUCCUGUAUAUACAGGUGCACACAAAGAGCAUGGUGGUCCUUUGAAAAUUGUCCAUCAUCUCAGAUAUAUAAAAUUAUUAUUUGUAGCUCAUUUGCUGUACUGAAGCACUAGUUCCAUUUGUGGUAUCAGUAGAAAUUUUCAACAGGAGAAAUGUGAGGAAAAAUACAGAUCUCCAAGGUCCAGGAGUGAGCAAAUUUUAAAAAACAACACCUGAAUAUAUUGAUAUACAGUAUAUUGUGAGCACUUGCAUAUAUGGUAAAAUUAGAGAUGAGCUAAGCAUGGUUCUUGAACUGUACCCAACUAUUGAAUGAGAAGAUAUUACUUACUCAAGACUCUUGUUUAAUUAAUAACUUCUGAAAUGCAGCUUCCUUCCACUGUGGUCAGUCUGCACCAUCUGAGACUAUGUAGUUUGUGCUUUUUGAAGCUGUUGUCCCACACUUCAGUUCCAGCAGAAUGGCACUUGGCAAAGAUUGUGUUUUGCAGCCCAUGAUAAACCUUUGGAUGUUAUACCAAGCCUGCUAUCAGUAUCCAAGCUGGUGAGUGUAAGGUUGUCUCACUAAUAUCUCCAUUUACUCCAGUUGUGCAUUUGACUUACUCCAACAUCCAAAUAACAGUGUUUUGACAGUAUUUCCCAUGCAGCCAUCAUAAUUUAUUUUAGAUCUCCAGUUUCUCCAUCUUUAAAAACAAGGUUAGUGUCUAUCUACCUCACAAGAGAGUUGUGAGGAUUAAUUUAAUUUCAUUUAAAGCACUUUCCUGAUGCAGAAUGCUCCAGAUCAUUUAUUCUUAACACAAAAACAAUGGUACCUGUCAUUUAUUCUUGUCUGUUGGGUAUUUGAAGAAAGUGACAGUGUGUCUGACUCUGAUGGCAAAUUGUUCUGUGCAUCCACUUUCCUACUGAGAAUAAUUUGUAAUACUGAGUUCUAUCAGUUUGCAUUGCUUCAGACGAAGUUGAAAGAAC